CUUAAUACUCUUUCCAUUCACUUUUUCACACAUCGAGCACCCCCCAUCCCUCCCUCCUCUCCCACUUUUUCCUUUCCAUUUUUCACGUAUCGAGCACUCCCCAUCCAUCUCUCCUUACCCACUUUCCUCUCCUGUCUGCUGUUUACUUUCUCCUUUCCAUAUGAUCGGCAUCUGAUGGCUUCCUUGGAGGACAUAGCAGUUUCCGCCUUCAUCAACAUUUUGAGCGCCAUCGGCUUCCUCCUCGCUUUCGCUGUGCUGAGAGUUCAGCCCAUUAACUCUAGAGUUUACUACCCGAAGUUGUACAUAAAUGGCUCGAGGGGUUCGCCUCGAGGGUCCAUGAAUGGGGUCCUCCGAUUUGUCAAUUUCAACAUCUGGAGCUACGUCGUCAGCUUCUUGAGCUGGAUGCCGGAGGCGCUUAAGAUGAGCCAGACGGAGGUCAUUCAGCACGCCGGCCUCGAUUCCGCUAUCUAUCUCCGGAUUUACAUUCUUGGCUUAAAGGUCUUUGUGCCUUUGACAAUCGCCGCACUAUUGGUUAUAAUACCAGUCAAUGUAUCCAGUGAAACAUUACACGAUCUCAAGAAAGAUGUUCUUUUCAGUGACAUUGAUAAGCUCUCCAUUUCAAAUGUCAAACCAGGAUCUGAAAGGUUUUGGGUUCACCUCAGCAUGGCGUACAUAUUCACCUUAUGGACUUCCUAUAUGCUUUACACGGAAUAUGAUAAUGUAGCUUUUAUGCGCUUGCAUUUCUUGGCAUCACAACACCGUCGUGUGGAGCAAUUCACUGUAGUUGUCAGAAAUGUUCCUCAAAUCUCAGGUCAUUCCAUUGCAGAGAGUGUGGAUCAUUUCUUUCGGAAGAAUCAUCCUGACCACUACCUGAGUCACCAGGCUGUUUACAAUGCAAACAAAUUCGCUAAACUUGUGAGGCAAAAGGGAAGGCUGCAAAACUGGCUGGAUUAUUACCAGCUCAAAUUUGAACGAAAUCCAGAUAAACGGCCAACCAGAAAGAUUGGCUUUCUUGGCCUUUAUGGUCACAGAGUAGAUUCAAUUGAUUAUUAUAGGCGAAGGAUCAAUGCACUUGACAGAAGAAUAGCAUCAGAGCAUCAGAAAAUUUUUAAAGAUCCCAAAGCUAUUCUGCCAGUUGCUUUUGUCACAUUUGGGUCCAGAUGGGGAGCAGCAGUGUGUGCGCAGACACAACAAAGCAAGAAUCCAACACUUUGGUUAACUGAAUGGGCACCUGAACCACGUGAUGUCUACUGGAAGAAUCUUGCAAUACCUUUUGUUUCUCUCAGCAUCCGAAGGCUAAUCAUCACGAUAGCUGUAUUUUCUCUGGUGUUCUUUUACAUGAUCCCCAUUACUUUUGUGCAAUCCCUUGCAAAUCUUGAAGGCCUUGAAAAAGUUGCUCCUUUUCUCAGGCCAGUCAUAGAACUUACUUUAAUCAAAUCAUUCUUGCAAGGCUUUCUGCCCGGUUUGGCCUUGAAAAUCUUUCUAUACAUCCUUCCGACCAUUCUGAUGAUUAUGUCAAAAGUUGAAGGUUACUUGUCACUUUCUGCACUGGAAAGAAGGGCUGCCUCUAAAUACUAUUAUUUUAUGUUGGUGAAUGUAUUUCUCGGAAGCAUUAUAGCAGGAACUGCCUUUGAACAACUGUAUUAUUUUCUUCAUCAGUCACCCACACAGAUUCCAAGAACUAUUGGAGUAUCCAUACCAAUGAAAGCCACAUUCUUUAUGACAUACAUAAUGGUUGACGGGUGGGCUGGAGUUGCUGGUGAGAUUCUUCGGUUGAAGCCACUCGUGAUAUAUCAUCUGAAAAACAUGUUCCUUGUCAAAACAGAUAGGGAUAGAGAUAAGGCCAUGGAUCCAGGCAGCAUUGGUCUUCCUGAGAAUCUUCCCACAUUGCAACUUUAUUUUCUUCUUGGACUAGUGUAUGCUGUGGUUACUCCCAUCCUUCUCCCUUUUGUUCUUGUAUUCUUCAUCUUCGCUUUCCUUGUUUAUAGACACCAGAUUAUCAACGUUUACAACCAAGAAUAUGAAAGUGCUGGAGCAUUUUGGCCUCAUGUACACAGCCGAAUUAUUGCAAGCUUGUUGAUAUCCCAACUACUACUCCUUGGUUUACUGAGCACAAAGAAAGCUGCGCACUCCACCCCUCUCCUCAUUAUCCUACCAGUGCUGACUGUUUGGUUUCACAAGUACUGCAAAAGCCGAUUUGAACCUGCUUUUCGAAAAUACCCUCUUGAGGAGGCAAUGGAGAAGGAUACGAUGGAGAAGGCCUCUGAGCCCAACCUUAAUCUUAAGGCUUAUUUAGCAGAUGCAUAUCUUCAUCCCAUAUUCCAAAUGUUCGAGGAUGUGGAAAUGGGAGAGGCCAGAGUUGACAAGAGCCAAACUGACCUUAAUUCACCUCAAAUAACAGAACCUAUUUCCGCACCUUCACCUCAUCAUGCCUAUGAUUUUGCUUCAUCCCCUCGAUAUCAAUAUGAUCAUGAUUCAUCGCCGCACUAUCAAUAUGAGCAUGAUGAUGAUGAUGAUGAUGAUUUAUCACCUCAUUAUGUGUAUCACCAUGAUAUAUAGUAAAGCCAUUUGCUAGAUAACAAUGCUGGCUAGAGAAUGCACUGGUCUUUUGCUUGGUUUUUAUUUUAUUUAUUCUUUUUAUCUUUAUCCAGUUGUGAAUACAAGUUAGGCAGUUGAACCAUCUUAAUAGAUUUCAUG